CAAAUGUACAAUUAAAAUGCGAAAUAUGGUAAUACGAUCAAGUAUCCACGUAAAUUCCAUAAGUGGUAUUUAAUUUUGAACAAAUAACUACUAUCUUUUACAACCAAGCACAUGUUUCUCUUAUUUUAUUUCGAUUAUAAGUUGCUGCACGUUUUUAAUAUUUGAUAAAAGAAAUUGAUUAUUCCGUGUUUCAUUGAUUUAUUUUUGUUCGUUUUUAUUUUCGUUGUAAGCUGGAUUAGUGCAGGCUUUAUAUUAAGAUUGCGAGGCAUUUUUACGGAAAAUGUAAAAAUUUAAUUUUAAAAAACACAGUGUCACAUAUUUUUAAAGAAAAUAUGCACUCAACUUUUAUACGAUCAAAUCCCAGAGUCAACAUUUAUUUGUUAUCGCAAUUAAAGUGUCAUCCAAGUCCAACUGUAAAUGAUAAUUGCACUAUAAGCAGUCAUUCAAAAAUGUCCAACAAUCGCAGCUCCAUUGAGAUACCAGUAGAGACGCAGAAACUCUUGAAACUUCUUCGAACAACAGUGCCGAAAUUAACAAAUACCAAGCAUAAAGGUGAAUAUGGGCGGAUUGGAGUGGUAGGUGGCUCGUUAGAGUAUACCGGCGCACCAUAUUUUGCUGCCAUUUCAGCCCUAAAAGCUGGGGCCGAUCUGGCCCAUGUCUUUUGUCAACGCGAAGCCGCAGUAGUAAUAAAAUCAUAUAGCCCUGAAUUAAUAGUUCAUCCUUUAUUGGAUGCGGCUAAUGCGGUAGAAUUAAUAUCUCCUUGGUUAGAGAGAUUACAUGUAGUGAUUAUAGGUCCUGGUCUGGGACGUGAGCCUGAAACUCAAAAGACUGUUAUCGAACUUAUUAAAGUCUGCCUCAAACAAGAAAAGCCUUUAGUUAUUGAUGCUGACGGCUUGGCCUUACUUAUAGAUCGUUUGGAUUUGAUACAAGGUCAACGCAAUAUUAUACUUACCCCAAACGCCAUAGAAUUUCAACGUUUAUUUAGGCCAAAUACAGGCGAAAAGUCGAAUUACGAUCGCAUAUCCAAAUUAGGCAGCGGAAUAGUAGUUUUGGAAAAAGGUGCCAUUGAUCGCAUACAUAUACCUCACACUUCAGAAAUAUAUGGCCUACCUCCUGGAGGCUCGGGUCGUCGUUGCGGUGGUCAAGGAGAUUUGUUAUGCGGAACGUUGGCAGUGUUUUACUAUUGGACUCUCGAAUCGAGACAAGCUAAUCCUGCAUUUCUGGCUGCUUUCGCCGCUAGCUAUUUAGUUAAGGAGUGUAAUGCAAGUGCUUUUCAUAAACUUGGUCGCGGUAUGCUGGCCAGCGAUAUGAUCGAUGAAAUACCUCCCGUAUUUGCGAGAAUUUUCGAACCCACUGAAGGGGCUUGUUAAAAUUCUUAUCACUUGAGUAUUCAUUUCAAACGUUACAACGUAAAUGUACCGAUUUUAACUAAAACAAUAAUUAUCUCAUAGGGCUAGAUUUCCUUUUUCUGAACAAUUUACAUACUUAUUAACUUGAUCCGUGUUACUUGAAUUAUUAGCGAAAAACUACCUAAACAAAUGUGAUCUAUAAAAUUUUUUUAGAUAGGAUUUGCCGAAUACCAUAUUUUGAAUUUAAAAAA